AUGACCAAACCAAAUAUUGUUAUCGUUGGGGGUGGAUAUGGUGGAGUGAAUGCUGCAAUAAAACUUGAAAAUGCACUUCACAAGACUCAUCAAAUAUUGUUGAUCGAACGCAAAACUCAUUUUUAUCAUGCAUUCGGUGGAUUACGAACCGUUGUUGAAGAUGGAUUCGAAAAUAAAAUUUUAAUUCCUUAUGAUAACAUGUUUAAAUUUGGAGGCAAAAUUUUACAUGCUACAGUAAUAAAUAUCCGCGAGAAAGAGAUAAUUGUUGACAUGGAAACAGAAUUGGGAACUCAAAUUCCAUUUGAAUAUUUGAUAAUCGCCACUGGAUCCAAUUAUUCAUAUCCAGGAAAGACGGCUUCUAAUAAAAAAGAUGAAACUGUUACUCAUAUCGUUGCUCAACGUAAUGCCGUAAAAAAUGCCGAAAAUAUUCUGAUUAUCGGAGGAGGUCCAGUUGGCAUUGCAGAAGAUUCAUCACCGAAAUUAAAGAAACAGCUUGUUAAACAAUUAACAGACUUAAACGUUAGACUUAUAUUUGGUGAAAAAAUAGAUAUUUCCAAUAUUGAAGAUGGUCUAUCUCCAUUAAAUUUAGUAACGAAUAAGGGUACGCAAAUCGAAUCGGAUGUCCAAUUUGUAGCUAUUGGUGCAAAACCAAAUACAGAAAUCGCGAAAACCCUUAAUGAAUCUAUCGUCGAAGAAGGAACAAAUUUAAUAAAAGUUAAACCAACUUUACAAUUAAAUCAUGAUGAAUAUAAACAUAUCUUUGCUAUAGGAGAUGUGACAAAUAUUCAAGAAACAAAACUUGGUUUUCGUGCUGGGCUACAAGCGAAUGUAGCAGCUAAUAAUAUUAUUGCUCUUAUUAAUAAGAAGAAACUAACUGAGUAUAAACCUCUUUCUGAAGCAAUGCUCGUUACAAUUGGAAAGACCAAAGGAUCAGGGCUUCUACCAAUUUUUGGUGGGACGGUUGUUGGUAGUUAUAUGAUUAAAACUUUAAAAGGCAAAGAUUUUGGCAUUCCUAAAUAUUGGAAAAUUCUAAAUGCUACUCUCAAAAAUUAA